AUGUCCGAUGCUGCUACAUAUUCCAGUGAUAUUGGAUUGGUGACUAUAAAUGUUGGUGGAUUGAACAAAGAGGGAUAUGAUGAGCUGGCACAGUGGCUGAACCAGCCAUCCACACUUCGCAACGUUCAAAUUGUGUUCUUACAGGAGACCUGGCGCAGUGCCUCCGAGUUUUCCGCACAGCAUUGGCAUUGGAUCCUGUCAGGUGCAGGUCAGACUGCCAAGGCCAACAAUGGCAGUGGUGUAGCCGUAUUGAUCAACAACCAGCUUGCCUCCUCAUCUCAUAUUCGCUAUCAGGAAUGGGUCCCAGGCCGUCUUUUGGAGGUUCGCAUCACGGAGGACAAGCGCCGACCUCUCUUACAUCGGCCCAUUACUCUGGUAUGUGCCUACCAACACUCCAGAAUCUCCCAUAGCCCUGAGGUCUAUGCAAAACGAUUACGGUUCUGGGAGAAGCUACAGAAAUGUCUUGAUGCGGUGCCAGCUAGGCACACUCUGAUGUUUGGUGGCGAUAUCAAUACUGGUAUCUCCCCGAUGCCAAGGCUCGUCGGAAUGGGUGCUCAAGUCAGUACCAACCCCUCACAGGAUCAGCAUGAGUGGCAGGAUAUCGUACAGCAACAACGCCUCUGUCUUCUGAACACGUGGGGACCCCCGGGUAGAGCGGCCACAUAUGUGGGAACGGACUACUCUACAUUAAUUGACUACCUGGGUGUCAGGGAGCGUGAUCAGCCCGUGGAUGCUGUCAUGCAUCCCAUGCAGAUUGAUGCCAUCCUACGACAAGGGUCUCGGGAACUCUUCCCCGGCACUCGCCUCAGCUCUCGCCCGACCGAAGUCUGGGAUAACGAACAGACCAAACUCUCUCUUCGGCAUGUGUGGCAGGCCAGGGCACAGCUUCGCAGAUGCACCCUUGGGCCACCCCUUCGGGUAGCCUUUCAUCUUUGGAGAGCUCAAUGGCGAUUUGUCAAAGCUCGCAAGGCGUUGCACUCGCAGUCCAAUAAAGCGCGCCGGGACAAAUGGGAUCAGCAGCUUGUAGAAGCGGAGGAUGCCUACCACAAGCAUGACUCCCACUCCUUCUUUGCGGCCGUGCGCCGGCUCGAAUACUUGGCGCAGCACUGGGGUGCCGGCGAGCACGAGGGUGAUGAGGUCAAGCAGCAAACCCUCACGUUGCACGAGCGACGACAAGGAGCUGUUCGAACACUAUGCACCGGUGGUGCUCAACUCACGGUUGAUUGCUCCAAAGCUUUUGACAGUUUACCUCGCAGCACCAUGAUGACCAUGUUAACAUGGGCGGGAGUACCGCCUGACUUGGCCACAGCCAUCCUGCAAGUUCAUCAGGCCGGAACCUACCGUCACGGCAACGUGGAUGACCCGGAUUCCUGGAAGGAUAUAGACAGUGCUCAGGGUGUGAGACAGGGCUGUAUGCUUGCUCCAUGCCUAUGGCUGCUGUUCGUCGCUUACCUCUUCCACCAUCUGGACUUGACGAUGGGAGAAGAAGAACCCUGGACAGGUCAACACUCCACUGCCUUUCCUGAUGAUCUUCACUUCAAAUGGGAUCUUGAUGACCCCAAGGCCUUGGAUCAGAUGAAGUUGGAGGUUGCCACGGUGCUCUCGGUGCUCAAGUCCUUUGGUCUACAGAUCAGUGCCGAAAAAUCCACAAUGUUGAUCGAGAUCCGUGGGACAGCAGCGGAUAUUUGGUUGUCCAAAAAUAUCUACAAAGAUGCUGAGAAUCACAGACACUUUCGUUACGACACGUUUGCGAAGCUGUCUAUUCCUCUUGGUACUCAGUUCAAGUAUCUUGGAGUUAUCCUAUCUUAUCGUAACUAUGAGCUGGCCAGUGUCAAGCAUCGUGUACAGCAGGCAGCCAUUCACCAUUCUCGGCUUCGUCGCAUCUUGCAGGGACGUGGAGGCAUCAGCCGAAGUCAGCGACUCCGCCUGUGGCGUAUUUGUAUACAGACUAGCCAGCUGUAUGGACUGGAGGCCACGGGUGUCACCGAGGCGGGGAUCAAACUGCUGCACGUUCAAAUGCUACGUCAUCUCCGCGCCAUUACGGGCAGACCCAGACAUCUUGAUCGCAGCACAGACCAAGAACUGUUGGACAGUCUCAAAAUGGCAUCUGUUCGGCAGAUGCUAUCUCAAAGGCUUCAGUCGGUGCAUGCGCGUAUUAACCAGCAAAACAAUGCACCGCAGACUUCCACAGACUUGAAUGUCGUCAUGGAGGACAUGCCGGACUUCGAUGCCGACAGCCAGAUCCAGAGUCUCCUGGGAGGCCUAUCCUCAGCAGUGGACCUCAAGCAGCUCCUGAGUCCGACACCAACACCGGCGCGAAAUCAGCCCCUGACCAACAAGCGUCCGCGGGCGGAGCCGUGGAUUCGCGGAACUGCGAACAAGGGCAGCGGCAAGGGCAAAGGAACGGCAUCCAGCGGUACUUUGUCACCGGAGGAUCUUCAACAGCUUCUCAAGCAGAUUGUCAUCCUUCUCCUCCGCCAGGGAGACCAGCUCAAUCGACUUCAGACGGAUACAGGUUACUAUUUGGUCUUUCAGGUCCCGGGCGAGGCUACAAUGGUACCGGUUCUGAUCGCGGGGGCGCUGGAAUGGCGCAAUCAGAAGAAGGCCGACCCGACCAAGCUAACCAUGUCUCUCCGCAUAGCCCUCAUCGGACUCUUCCUCAAGGAACUUCAGAUGCGGUUGGAAAAAAUCCGGGCCAACGACCAACUUCAGGAGAAGCUCAAGGAACAGGGCCUGUUGACGGACGAAGGCGCUUGGACCUAUCGCCAAUGGUGCCCCAAGAACAAAGCACUUCAGCUACAGCUCAGCCGGGAUCCGAUCAAGUGGGAUGUUCUGAUGACACACAUCACGAAUGCUCUGCAGGGGCUGAACACUCAGGACCAUAUCACACGUUUUCAGGCGACCAAGGCCCUGGAAGAAGGACAGACGGGUCCCACUCUUCCCUUCCUGCUGGACAUCUCGCUCAAGCCGAGUGCAUGCCGUCUGCAUCAGAGCAUGCGAGCAUUGGUGGACUGCUCGGCUAUGGAGGCAAUCGGCGCUCGCAUCCGACCACAGCGGGCCAAGCGAUCUCAGCUCCAGGAUCAUCUACAGCAGUGGCUGCGAGGCAAGUCCUAUCAUGUAUUGAUUCAAGACUGGCCACAUUUUGACCGACAACAGGAUGUGGCUGAGUUCGCACAACAUGUUCUUGAUCGUACGAUUCUCAACCGAUGA